AUGCCUAAAAGUAAUCGACCAGCGACCUCGGGCUAUGCCCGCUUGGCUCAGGAGGAGGAAGAUCGCGCACAGGAAUACGAUUAUUCCGACGAUGAUGACCUACACGACCCCAGCACCAUCUCCCAGUCCGCCCCCCGAUAUGCCCCCAUUUCCUCCCGAGCCCAGAUGCAGGCCGCCGGCCUGUCUUCGCCACCCGAACACCGACGACGACUGAGUGGACACUAUCGCCGAGGACGGAGGAACUCUGGGGUAGAUAUCAAGGCCAUCAAUGCCCGCCUGGAGCGGUGGGCGGAGGAAAUCGCCUCCAAGUUCAAGAUCAACCGCGUCAAGGGCAAGACCUUCGAGGAGGAGAAAUUGGAGAUCUACCACUCUGUCUUUCAAGCCCCCGAUGGUGUUCGGCCCAUCUCGGCGGAGGCUCUCGAGUCUGAGGAGAUUGAGGGGGCUGCGCGGAGGGCCCGCGACGAGUUCGAGGAAGUCGUGGAGAGUGUCCGGGUCGCCAUUGAGAUGGGAGUUCAUCCCCGGAUGAUCUCCCAAGGUAGCUCUGGUAGUUACUUCGCGCGCAAUACCGAGGGUAAAGUGGUUGGAGUGUUCAAGCCCAAGGACGAGGAACCCUACGCGUCCCGCAACCCCAAGUGGACUAAAUGGAUCCAUCGCAACCUGUUCCCCUGCUUCUUCGGACGGGCGUGUUUGAUUCCCAACUUGUCCUACGUCUCGGAAGCAGCCGCAUAUGUUCUCGACUCGCGCCUACGCACGGAUCUCGUUCCCUACACCGACAUUGUCUGGCUGUCCUCGAAAUCAUUCUUCUACGAUUUCUGGGACCGCAGGAAAGCUUGGAUGGGCAAGAGGCCGCUUCCGCCCAAGGCGGGUAGCUUCCAGGUCUUCCUGAAGGGCUACAAGGAUGCGAACCUGUUCCUGCGCGACCAUCCUUGGCCAGACCAGACCAAUUCUGGGUUCCGAGCUGAGGAUGCCCCGAAGCGCAAGAAGCGGCCGUGGAGCGAAGCCUGUCGUCCCUCGGGCGUCCAUUCGGAUGACGAAGACGAAGAAGAAUAUGAGAAUGGCCAAGCGCGCACGCCAUCGCCCCGCGAGGAGAGCCGAGAGCGGCGGUUCUAUUGGACGGAGGCCUUGAAACAGUCGUUCAGAGAAGAACUGGAAAAGCUUGUAAUCCUCGACUACAUCAUGCGGAAUACGGACCGUGGUUUGGAUAAUUGGAUGAUCAAGAUUGAUUGGAAGACGGAGGAAGUGUCCAUCGUGGCGGAGCCCCCCAAGCCCAACGGGCUGCAACCGCAGGAAGAAGACGACGAUAUGCCUCCUGCUCGCCCCGUUUCGGUCAACUCGGAUGGCACGCCUACAGCCCCCCAUCCUUAUCGACGACGAGAGGCGAUGGUGGCCGUCAGUCGCACCGGAACCCCACUGAAUUCAACCGAGCCCCAGGCGACUAUUCAGAUUGGCGCGAUUGACAAUAGUUUAUCGUGGCCAUGGAAGCACCCUGAUGCUUGGCGAAGCUUCCCCUUUGGUUGGCUGUUCCUCCCUGUCUCUUUAAUCGGCCAGCCGUUUUCGCAGAAAACUCGCGACCAUUUCCUGCCACUCCUGACGUCAACGGCCUGGUGGAGCGGAACUCAAAUGGCGCUCCGGCGGGUCUUCUCCCAGGAUUCCGACUUCAAGGAGAGCAUGUUUGCCCGGCAGAUUGCGGUGAUGAAGGGGCAGGCCUGGAACGUAGUCGAGACGCUGAAGCACCCCGACCAUGGCCCGCUCGAACUGACGCGACGGACGCGCGUGUGCGUUUGGGACGACCUGGUGGAUGUUCCGGUCGCGAUCCCUCUCCGCGGGCCGUCGACGGAUGCGCAGAAACGAAAGGUCAAGAGCUACGAACAUUACGAUAAGCAUGGCCGUUACGACCCAGACAACGAGGAGAUGGACAUUGGCGCUGCCAUGUCAUUGGGCACUGGCCCCGAUGUUGAUCUGCUGGGGCUGGGAUCUUCCCCGAACGAGCUGCCCAACCCGAAUCGAUUCGAGCUUUCACGCGGCCGCGGAUCCACGUCGGGACACGCGCGGGCUCAGUCCGGCAGCCCGGCGACCAUGGGCGACUACCGAUUUGGCCGCGACAGCAUUGACGAGAUGAGCCACGGACGAGGCAUGGACCGAAGCUGGGCGACGCUUCCGCCCCGCCCGAGCCGGCAUCAGAAGCACAGCUCGGUGUCGAGCUCGCGUGGACAAGCGCAUCUGAUCUUCAGCAGUGACGACCUGGAAGGCGAUCUCGGAUACGCGGCGGCAGAGGGGAUGGAAGGCAACCAGCGCAAGGUCAUUGUCGAGCGACUCGAAGCCGUGAAGAGCAAGAACCCGAAGGACUUGAACACUGGUACUACUUCCCCGGACCCCACCCCGGAUAAUUCGAGAUGCUCUUUUUUCCCCGCCUCCCUGCGUUGUCCCUCCCCUCCUGAUGACCCCACCGGAUCCGACCCGGAGGACUCACGUUGUGCAGGAACCGCGGUACAGGAACCGUCCACGCCCCAGCGCGGCGCGGCUGCGUCGGGGCCCGGGAGGAGUCUGCUGAGCCCGCGUCGCGAGCAGAGGGGCGGUCUGAAGUCGCCGUCGAGAUCGCUGUCCCGGUCUACGAGGUCGUCGACGGCGAGGGAUACGGCGAGUGAGUCGCCACGGCAGGAGACGAGUGCGGAGCCUGUGGUGGAGGUGGAGUUUGCUAGUGCGAGGGUGGAUGAGGGGCAAAGGAGUGAUGGGAAGCGGGGCUCGGAGCAGAUGGAUGAUGCGCGCCAUCGGAGCUUGAUUGAAAGUAUGUAUGGGGUGAAAGAGCGCAUGCAUCAACCGUAUAAGAGGAUGAAGGUGGAGGAUGAGGCGCAACGGUCUAAGGCGAGGAGGUUUCCCGUCGCGGGAAGUACCGGGCUGGGGGACUGGGUGAAGGAAUCGCGUUCUCAGUCGGGUUCACCCGCCGUGGUGCCGGAUGUUGUCGAUCUGACUACUGAUGUUUCGGCGGCAGCUACUGAUGACGAUGAUGUGCAGGUCACCGGGUCGAAUAACCUCAGUUUGCAGAGGGUGUGUUACGGGAAGAUUGAGAAUGCUACGAUCCAGGCGCAAUUGGUUCCCAAGCCUUCGUCGCAGACCAUCUUUGGUGAUCCUACGCAUGACUGGCCUUCGAUCAAACUCGGGGUGCAUCGAGAGGCAGGGCACAAUAACCGAAUCGAGGUUUCGGAUCCCUACGGGAAGAUCUUUGGACUUGUCGAUGCGAAGACGGCGUCGGUGAUUGUUCCGCUGCUCGACUCGCCGGCUUUGAAGGUUAACAUUACGGCUCGGUUGGAUGUUCGAAGAAGGAAAGAAGACGAGUGGCCGUGGGCACCGUGCUCCAAUGUUUAUCGAGCGUCCGUCAAUCUGUAUGGCCUGAGAAAGGAUGCGGUGGCGGUGGGAAAGCAUCUCGGUCAACAUAAUGUCUGGCUGGGAACGCCAUUCUCGGUGGAGCAGGGCGUGCCCGUGUGCAACCCGCACGCUGACAGGCGCCGGGCCCCAGCAGCUUUGGCGCCGCCGGGGACAAGGAAUAGGGUGGGAGUCAACUAUGAAGUGCGAACCGCCGAAGAAGUGAACGACGCGGUGAUGAAGAUGUUCGAUCAGCUUCAGAGCGCUGACAACCUGCCCGAGAUGGAUCCCCCGCCGUCUCUGGUUACGCCAUUGCUGCGCCAUCAGAAGCAGGCGCUGUGGUUCAUGACGGAGAAGGAGAAGCCGCGCAAGUUUGGGCCCAAGGAGGCGGACAACAACUCGCUCUGGCGGGUGGAUUGUCGUCCGAAUGGCAAGGUCCGGUACCGCGAGAUCAUCAGUGGGACGGUGCUCGACGAAGAGCCCCCGCAGAGCUUGGGGGGACUGUUGGCAGACAUGAUGGGCCUGGGAAAGACGCUGAGCAUUCUGUCGCUGGUUCUGUCGUCGCUGGAGGAGGCGAGCCGGUGGGCAGAUCUGAUCCCGGAUCCUGACCUGGUCCGCAACCUGCCGGGCAUCCGCAAUACCAAGACGACGCUGUUGGUGGCGCCCCUCAGCGCGGUCAACAACUGGGUGAACCAGAUCAAGGAGCAUCUCCAGGAUGAUGCGCUCUCGUACUACGUGUUUCAUGGGUCGUCGCGGACUAAUGAUGUGGAUGAGCUGUCCAAGUACGAUCUCGUGAUCACCACCUACAGCAUUGUCCUCAGCGAACUGUCUGGGCGGGGAGCCAAGCGCGGCGUCAGCCCGUUGACCAAGAUGAACAUGUUCCGCAUCGUCCUCGAUGAAGCGCACACGAUCCGCGAACAGAGUGCGGCGCAAACGCAGGCCAUCUUCAAACUCAAUUCCCAGCGGCGAUGGUCCGUGACGGGUACACCCAUCCAGAAUCGCCUCGAAGAUCUGCUCUCGGUCACCAAGUUCCUCGGGCUCUUUCCGUACGACGAUCGCGGACGGUUCGGGAUUCAUAUCCUCAGUCGCUUCAAGACCGGCGAUGCAACCGUGCUGGCCAGCUUGCGGGUGCUGGUGGACUCGUUCACGCUCCGCCGAGUCAAAGACAAGAUCGAUCUGCCCGCGCGGCACGAUAAGAUCAUCACGCUCACCUUCACGGAGAAGGAGCAGCAACUCCACGAAUUCUUCCGGAAGGAGUCCAACGUGAUGAUGCGGGUGAUUGCGGGCGAGGAGCAGUCAAAGAUGAAGGGCCGGAUGUACCAUCACAUCCUAAAGGCGAUGAUGAUCCUCCGGCAGAUCAGCGCGCACGGCAAGGAGCUGCUCGAGCCCGACGACCGCAAGCGCAUCAAGGGCAUGAGCGUGCAUGACGCCAUUGACCUCGAAGAGGGCGCCGGCGCCGCGGCCGGGGCCACGGACAAGAAAGCGUACGAGAUGUUCACCCUGAUGCAGGAGUCGUCGGCUGAUACCUGCGCUGUGUGCGGGAAACGCCUGGAGGAGCCCAGUUCCGACAACGGACCGACAGAUCGACGAACCGCCAUGGCCAUUGUGCUGCCGUGCUUUGACGUGCAAUGUCCGGACUGUUUCGCGGGCUGGAAACACGCCUUUGACCACCCGGGCCCGGCCCACGACAUCAAAUGCCAGGUCUGCGACGGCUGGAUCCCGGCAUCGUACUCGACCAUCACCGUGGGCGGGCUCCAAGACUACGUGGUGGACCAGGCGCAGGCCAAGCAGAGCCGACGGCACGGCAAAACGCUGGGAGAAUACGAAGGGCCACACACGAAGACCAAGGCGCUGGUGGCGCAACUACUAGAAAGCGCGGAGGAGAGCCAGGGACAGGAGCGGCCGAUCAAGAGCGUGGUGUUUUCCGCUUGGACGUCCCAUCUGGACCUGAUCGAGAUUGCCCUGCGCGACAACGGGAUCACUGGGUUCACGCGUCUGGACGGGACAAUGACACUGGCGGCACGACACAAGGCACUGGAAGAGUUCCAUCACAACGACGAGAUCACGGUACUCCUAGCGACGAUCGGAGCAGGUGGAGUGGGCCUGAACCUGACUUCGGCAUCCAAAGUGUACAUCAUGGAGCCGCAGUACAACCCAGCAGCAGUAGCACAAGCCGUGGACCGAGUGCAUCGAAUCGGACAGCAGCGCGAGGUGACGACGGUCCAAUUUCUAAUGAAGGGGAGCAUCGAAGAGAAGAUAUUCGAGUUGGCGAAGAAGAAACAACAAUUGGCGGAUCUGAGCCUGAACCGGGGCAAGUUGGAUAAGAAGGAGGUUCAAGAGCAACGGAUGCGGGAGUACCGGGGAUUAUUUAAGUGA